AUGGAGCAGACUAAAGCGCUCAAUGCGCUGGAGCCUUUUCUCGCACUCAGCAAGACAGCAACCUCCCCACGCGCAGCAAGCGACCUCGUAACGCAAGCUACCUCCGCGCCAAACACCUUCGUCUUUGCAGAGCUCAUACUCACCCCCAACAUCCAGAAGCUACGGGAAUCUGAACACGCUUCGUACCUCACAUUGCUCGAGAUCUUUGCUUGGGGAACAUGGGAAGACUACAAGGGCCGUAGCGAUCUUCCUAAGCUCUCAGACAAACAGCACGAGAAGCUCCUCAUGCUCUCCCUCCUCCCACUAGCCCGCUCCCACUCCACCCUCACAUACCCCGCGCUGAUGUCCGCACUCGACCUCUCCACCCCGCGCGCCCUCGAACAACUCCUCACAACCGCCAUCUACGCCGGCCUCCUCACCGCCACUCUCGACCCAGCACAUUCCGUCGUCUCAGUAACCAGCGUUGCACCCCUUCGCGACCUCGCACCGGGCUCGCUCCCCGCGCUGCAAGCCACCCUCGCCAACUGGUCGAACCGAUGCGGCUCCGCGCUCGAGGAUCUGGAACUGCGUGUUGCGGAGGUCAGGAAAGCAGCUGUGGAGCGCGAAAUGCUGAGGCGGAAGAAGGAAAGAGCCUUGGAAGUUAUGCUGCAGUUGAGCGAGGAUAAGGGGAAGGGCGGAGGACAGAGGCGGGAUGAGGGUUAUGAGGAUAUGAUGGACGUGGAUGAGCAGGGUGGAAGCGGGAGGCAGACGAGGGGUAUGAAGCGGGGGUUCGCAGGCGGGUUCUCGGGUUUGGGGAAGAGACUUGGUUGA